AUGACGGGAUAUGUGGCAUUCGGCUCACUCUUCUUCAUCCUCCUGUCCAUCUCCACCUUCUGCCUAGAGACCCACGAAGUCUUCAACACCAUCUACAACAAGACGGAGAACGUCACUGUUGGCAAUGUGACACACGAAGAGGUUGUGUACGAGGUGGUCACAGAUGAUUGGCUGACAUAUGUGGAGGGCGUCUGUGUCAUCUGGUUCACCAUCGAGGUGAUGCUACGCGUCAUCUUCUGCCCUGACAAGGCAGAGUUUUUCCGUAGUGCCCUCAACAUCAUAGACUUUUGGGCCAUUGUCCCCUUUUACCUGGAGGUGGCGCUGAGUGGCCUCUCUUCCAAAACAGCCAAAGACGUGCUCAGCUUCCUGCGUGUGGUGCGAUUUGUCCGUAUCCUGCGUAUAUUCAAGCUGACCCGCCACUUUGUUGGUCUGCGGGUUCUGGGCCACACUCUGCGGGCGAGUACCAAUGAGUUUCUUCUGCUCAUCAUCUUCCUGGCGCUGGGCGUCCUCAUCUUCGCUACCAUGAUCUACUAUGCCGAACGCAUUGGUGCUUCUCCAGAUGAUCCAACAGCUUCUGCCCACACCAACUUUAAAAACAUCCCCAUUGGCUUUUGGUGGGCUGUGGUGACAAUGACAACAUUGGGCUAUGGUGAUAUGUAUCCUGUGACGUGGUCAGGAAUGCUGGUGGGGGCCCUGUGUGCCUUGGCUGGUGUGCUAACCAUUGCCAUGCCGGUACCCGUCAUUGUCAACAACUUUGGCAUGUACUACUCCCUUGCCAUGGCCAAGCAGAAGCUUCCCAAAAAAAGAAACAAGCACAUUCCACGAGCACCACAACCAGGAAGCCCCAACUACUGCAAACCAGAUGCCCUUGCUAUGGCAACUGCCUCACCACAUCACCUGAUGGGCAACGUACUUGGGCCUGGAAUGGUGGGCUCCGGGAGCAUGAUGGGUACUGGAGACUGUCCACUCGCACAGGAGGAGAUCAUUGAGAUCAACAGAGCAGACUCCAAACAGAACGGCGACGCCGCUGCCAGCGCAGCCGCCCUGGCCAACGAGGACUGUCCCACCAUCGACCAGGUCCUCGGAGACGAGCGUAGUCCAGCCACAGGAGGUCUCGGCUCCACCACCAGCCGCGAACGUUACCCACAUGACCGGGCCUGCUUCCUCCUGAGCGCCGGGGAGUUCCAGCGCACAACAGACGGAAACGUCCGGAAAGCUACAGGCUACGAGAAGUCACGCAGCCUGAAUAACAUCUCUGGGAUGACGGGCGCCCCGCUGCGUCUCACCCCCAUCACCAAUCCCACCUUCGAGCCCUUUGAACCUCCGGGUCUCAGGCGAUGCCACUCCCCCAUCCCAUCCAUCUUGUAGCAUAGCGACCACUCGCCAAAAAAAAAA